CCAUUCAAUUUUGGCUCGCGGAGGGGCGUUGAAAAUGCGAAGGGCACCGCAUAUUGACUGAACUUGUGGAGGGCCUACAUGGAUAAAUAGAUCGGGCCAAGGAAGUGGUCCAUGAGAGUCCCAUGCCAGUCCAUUGUGCGCGGCGUUGGUUAUUCAAGCCUCGCCCCGAAGGGUCCUCCUCGGUCAGGGCCUGCUCGUGCAAUUUCUACUGCAAGGCUCCGCGUUCAUGGCAGCAGAGAGCAUUGUCCAGUCUGCCGGGCGAGGCUCGCGUAAGGUGCAAUGUGCCCCGCCGGGCCCUCCAGAUCUUCACUCGCGGGAGCGAUCGCAGCUCCACCCGUGCGUGCCCCCCUGCGCCAAGGCCUGCGCUACCCCAAGCACCACUGCGGUCCCGAAGCUGUCGGCCACGCCCAAGGCGGCCGCGCCGGGCGGCCCCCGGCGGCGCUGGCGGUCCCGAAGAGGCGGCCCGAGCCGCCGGCCCGCGGGGUGGCGACGCCGCAGCAGUCGCACCGCUCGGAGGAGCGCCGAGGCUGAGGCGGAGCCGCCGGGGGGCGAGCACGCAGAGCUGGACGGGUGGCUGCUAGGGCUGGACGGAGGCGCAGGCGCGAUGCUGCAGUAUCGCGACGCCCUGAUCCGCGAGUUCGACGGGGACCUCGUGCAGAUAACGGCUGUCCGCAACGAGGAAACAACCGCGGGCAGAGCUUCCUGAAGGUGGUGGACCCGGUCUUCUGGGAGAGCGUAGGGGUCCAACGCGCUGGGCACCGCAUGCUCUUCGCCCGCGGCAUCGACCGCCUGGGGAGCUGACCGCCAGCGCGCCCGGCGGGCGCCAGGGCCAUGGCUGGGAGGGUGCCGGCCAGCAGUCGGGAACUCGGGCAGAGCACGGCGGAGUCGGCGUCGGGGCUCCGCGUGGGGCCGCCAGAGCCGCUGGCCGCGCCGCCCGCGCGGGCGGUGCUGGCAAGAGCCCUGCGCGUCGUUGCGGGGAGCGAGGAG